GGCAACCUAAUUAAAAAUUCUUACAGGAAGUUUUCGUUUUCCAUAUAUGGUGUGUUCGUUGCAGGGGCGUUUGGACCCCCCUAUAAGUGAAACGAAGGCAGGGUAUAUAAAGAAGCCUUCGAGCGAACAGGUCGGCUCCGAAGAAGCCCAAAGUAGGGGUUAGUCUAUUGCUAUGUUUUAAAUGCCCUCGCAAAAUGGCACAGAGUCAAAAUAACGUGUCGAAAGUCUACAAGAAUGUUAUCGAAGAAGUGAUUAAAAAUGUUCGCGAAGCUUUUCUCAACGAUGGAGUCGACGAACAGGUCUUACAGGAAUUAAAACAGAUUUGGGAAAGCAAAGUGACUCAGUCAGGUGCAGUUGCAGUACCAGAACCAAAGCAAAGCCUGCAAAGGCAGAUCACGAAAGAUCCACAGGUUCUUUUGUCCCAGACUCCUCCUAUGGUGGGCAACAACCAGCAGCACCAACUCAAUGUUGUUCGUAAAAAUACACCAAUAGCUGCUCAGCCAGCCAUUGCAAGCACACCACCCAUCACAGGAAAUCAACAAAAUCAGCAUUUUAUAUCAGCAGCUCGCCCAUACAUUGCAAAUAUACAGCAGCCACAUGCUCAAUAUACUCAAGUUAUGCUUCCUGCAGCCACUCUAACCAGCAUUCAACAGCAACAACAGAUACCAGAGACAUCACAAGCAAAUCAACAGCCAUUACGUCAAGCAUACCAUGGUCUUACUGUAUCAGCUAUCCAGCCGACCCGUCAGACAAUCCAGCAUAAUGUUCAAGGUCAACACAUCGUGACAACUCCGCAACUUGUGACGACACAGCAGCAACAUGUGACAGUGCAGCAACAGCACGUGACAACGCAGCAGCAGCAACACGUGACAGCGCAGCCACAGCACGUGACAACGCAACAGCAACACGUGACAACGCAGCAGCAACGUGUGGCAGUUCCACAACAAGCAUCGAGACCUUCAGUGAUCAUACAAGUUGAUGGACCCAACGAUAGCGAUAGUGAUGAUGAUGAGGACGACGACGAUGAUGAUAAUGAUCUCAGUCAUGACGAAGAUGGUGAAGAUAAACCACAGGAAGAUUCAGAACCUCUGAAUUCUGAUGAUGACGUUUCUGACGACGACAGCUCGGAACUCUUUGAAACAGAAAAUGUUGUUGUUUGUCAAUUCGACCGGAUAACAAGGAGUAAAAACAAGUGGAAGUUUCAUCUCAAAGAUGGUAUUAUGAACCUGAACUCGAAUGAUUACGUAUUUACUAAAGCAAACGGGGAAGCUGAAUGGUAGUAGCCGAAUGUUGGGUAAUUUAGAAUGAAAGCAAACGUACAGGAUUGCUCUAGUCUUUUAGGUGAAAUUGGUCGUGUCUAGUUGGUUGGAAGUUAGGGAAAGGCCAGGUUGAAUUUAACUCUGAUAAGUGCAAUAUAACUAUAGAAUGUUAUUUUAAAGAAAACGAUUUUCGAAGCCGUAUAAUUUUACACUGUUCUCUAAACAUUUGCGUUCUACCCUACCAUGCAGGUCAGCAAUACAUUUUUUGACCAAUAAUACUUUAUUCUGCAUCCGACGCCAUAUUGGAUUCCUCUUCGUGGAACGAGUUGUUGAUUUUUCAAUUCGGGAAGUUAUUGAUGAAUCCUCUUUGCAAAAGUAUAAACGUCCGAAAGACUGCUUAAUUCAGUCGGAUUCUCUGUGAUCGCACAGUAGGAAUAAUCGUUCAACAAUGUUGUGGGAACAUAUUAUCCAUAUACAGGGUGUCCCAAAAAAAAACGAAAACUAUUGAAAUCACUCAUUGUUAAAAUUU